AUGCCCAUGAAAAGCAGAAACAUCAACUGGUUCAGGAAGAGAUACAAGCAGAGGUGGAGGAAGAACAUUGCCGCAACAUGGUUGGCAUGUACAAACAAGGUGCCUAGACCAGACAGAAGCAUGCAGAACCUUACCUUAAAUGUUGCAGCUUUCAACCUGGAUACCCAGAACGUAACGCAGAAAAAUGGAGAUCCAGGCAGCCUGUUUGGAUUUUCUGUUGCCUUCCACCAGCAGCUGAACCCUACCAGAAGGAACCUAUUACUGGUAGGAGCUCCUCGAUCAAAACAUCAGAACCAAGAGAAUGUUACAGGUGUCGUCUAUCAAUGUGAUCUUACUACAACAUCUGACCGCUGUCAGCCCAUUGAGUUUAACAAUGAAGAGUUCCUUGAGAGUAAAGGCAUAAAUGGCCAGUGGAUGGGAGUUAGAGUGACAAGCCAGGGUCCUGGUAAAAAUGUAAUGACCUGUGCUCAUCGCUACCAGCAGUGGAGCCCGAGCCCAGGCCCUUACAACCCUCGCCUUAUUACGGGUCAGUGCUACCUCUUAGGAGAUGACCUGCAAGUCGGGAAGGAAGACAGGACGUGGAGAAGGGUAGUUUGUGAUUCUGAACACUUAACCAGACGUUCAAUGAACCACGAGUGGUUUGCAUACUGCCAGCAGGGUCAUGGAGCAUCUUUUGCAAAAGACAACACAUCUUUGUUAUUUGGAGCACCAGGCGCUUACCUUUGGAAAGGGAUCGUACGAAUGGAGCCCCUGGAUAACCUGGGCGUCUCCAGCGAAUACGCUCGUGAAACUGGGGAUAUAGACAAUUUCAACACAAAACUCAUACCUCUACAGAGAGACAGCUACCUAGGAUUUUCCAUUGACUCAGGAAUGGCUCUCCUCAGGAAGGGUGAGCUGACAAUUGUGUCAGGGGCACCCAGAGGAGGCUACAGCGGCCAAGUGACAUUUAUUAAGGCGGAUCCAGUAGCACGGAGAAGUUUGUCUGUGGAGUUAGUCCUCUCUGGCCCGGGCCUGGCCUCCUCCUUUGGCUACGCUGUGGCAGUGGUGGAUUUCAAUGGUGACGGGUGGGAGGACCUUGCCGUAGGAGCACCCGAGUUCUUUGUUAAAGACGGUUUGGUUGGAGGGGCAGUCUAUAUCUAUAUCAACAAUGAAGGAAAAAACUGGGACAAGAUUAUACCCAUCAAACUUCUUGGACAUAAAGAUUCCAUGUUUGGCCUCGCAGUGGAAAACAUAGGAGACAUCAAUCAAGACGGAUAUGGAGAUAUUGCUGUGGGAGCCCCUUAUGAUGGCUCUGGUCGAGUAUACCUCUACUAUGGCUCAUUAGAUGGCAUCAACACAGAGCCAGCACAGGUACUUUCAUCAGAAUCCGAAAAAAUCACUUUGUUUGGAUAUUCUCUGUCUGGCAAUUUGGAUGUGGAUGACAACCAGUACCCUGAUUUGGCCGUUGGGUCGCUCUCAGAUUCUGUAUUUGUUUACAGAGCGAGGCCAGUGGUCAGUGUCAGCAGCUAUCUAAAGCUAACACCAAAUGAAAAAGACAUCACAAAGGAACAAUGUGAUAAACACACGUGUUAUUUUACAGUGCAGGCGUGCUUUACCUACACAGCACAUCUAACGUCCUUCAACCCUAAACUGAUACUCAAUUACACAUUUGAGAUUGAUGCUGAGAGGAGAAAAUCAAGGCUUCCUCCCAGAGCGGACUUAAUGGGUUCACCUCAAGGAAAACUGGAGCUACCUCGCCAGGGGUUGAAAGUCUGCACUGAUACCAAGCUCCGCCUCCUGCGAGAUAUUAAAGACAGACUGCACAAUAUCCUUGUUUCUGUAAGCUUGUCUCUACGGAACUCUACGACAAGGACAAGUGAUAAUCUGCCCAACCUCACACCUGUCCUUAACCUCUACCAGCAGAAAACAACUGUCUCAGAGAUUGUCUUAAUAAACAAGGGCUGUGGAAGCGACAACAUUUGCCAAAGUAACCUGGAGUUACAGUACAAGUUCUGUUCCAGGAAAACACAAAAUGGUCAAGAUGUUUUCAAAUCAUUGGCCAGUGAGGAUGGUGUUGCAGUCAUCACUCCCUCUGAUGAAGACAUAGCCUUGGAGAUCACUGUGACUAACAGGAACGGAGAUGACGCACACCAAAGUCACUCAGUCAUCAGGCUCCCGGAUACUCUUCGCUACACCUCUGUUGUCUACAAUACAGCAUCAGAAACACAUGUGACAUGUUCAGCCAAUGAAAAAGGAACAUUUGUAGACUGUGAACUGGGAAACCCACUCCAUAGAGAUGCUGAAGUUACAUUUUAUGUCCUCAUGUCAACGACCAGUAUCUCACUGAGUACAGAAGAGGUCAACGUCACCCUGCAACUUGAAACAACAAGUGUGCAGACGAUACCACCAGUCGAGGCAUUAGCCAAAGUGAUUUUUGAACUGAAUCUGCAAAUAUAUGGUCAAGCCAGGCCCUCUCAAGUAUCACUUGGUAAAAAUGUGCAAGGUGAAAGUGCCAUAGAAACAGUUGAUGAAAUUGGAGCUCUGGUUCAAUAUGAAUUUAAGAUAACAAAUUUGGGCAGAACACUGAAAUCUUUUGCCAAUGCAUCACUUAAUAUUUAUUGGCCAAAGGAGAAUUCUGUAGGAAAAUGGCUGCUAUACUUGACUCAGAUCAGCAGUAAAGGGGUGCAGUCUGUCCCCUGCUCACCUGUAAAUGAGAUCAAUCCACUUAAACAUGUAAAGGGCUGGCAUGACCCUUCAAGGAAAAGACGUGAAGCUGAGCUUGAAGCCCUCUCUAGUGAUGUUUUCACAUUUCUGCCGACAAGAAGAAAAUACAAAACCUUGACCUGCUCAGAUGGACUGGAGUGUGUGGAGAUACGCUGCCCUCUGGUGGGCCUCGACAGUAUCGCACUGAUUAUUCUGCAUUCUCGCCUCUGGAAUUCUACUUUUACAGAGGAUUACAGCUCUUUGAACUACCUGGACAUUGUUGUGGAUGCUGCUCUCAACUUAACAAACUCUCCAGAGAAUAUCAGACUUAAAUCAGAGAAGCCUGGGACAAAGGUAAAACUGACCGUGUUCCUCGAGAGAAAAACUAAAUACUUCACCAAAGUCGCCUGGUGGAUAAUCUUCCUGACAGUCAUCGUAGGACUCCUGUUAUUGGCAAUGCUUGGAUUCUUGUUGUGGAAGAGAGGAUGCAUCAACUGUCACACUCAUAACAAGAUUCCUUUACAUGACGGAGAUCCAAUGGCAGAGACUGCUCCUCUGAAAGGCUAACAGGAGAACUGGACAGACGAUAUUGAGAAUUAAAUUCUCUACCUUCUUUCCUGUCACACUUGUGUCCUUCUAUAGUAAAUGAUCUGCUACUAAAGCAGAACAAUCUUAACUUUGACCCAGUGAUGUUGGGAGUUGGGGCAUUUCUGAUGCAGAAGUAGGUUAUUACUGUAGCAUAUCUUUACACGAAUACAUUGUAAAUGAAAACAAA